AAGGAUUAAAACUUGUUGAUACUUCUAUUAUAAAAGCAAGAUCCUUCACAUCUACUAUAUAUAAUUCUCAACUAAUUUUUAGAAAAUUAAAAGAUAUAUUUAAAAUGAAAAAUAAAAAGCUUCUUGUAUCUAAUCUAGACAUUCAACCUGUUGGAAUAUUAAAUUAUCCAACUGAAUUAGAAUGGAAAUCAAGCAACAAAACAAACACUCUU